AUGACAUAUCUAUCUAUCUAUCUAUCUAUCUAUCUAUCUCAGUCUCUUGCUUAUCUAUCAUUGUAUCUCGUUCUCUGGUUUCUUUUUUUCUCUCUUUGGUUGCUCACUCUCUCUCUCAUAUCACAAUCCAAUUAUUUUUCUACAUGUUGUCUUUGGUUGUCUCCCUUCCUUUUCUACCAUAUUUUUCUGUUCCUGCUACCCAUUUUCUAUAAUCAUAUUGCUCUCUCUACAAUCUUGUCUUUCUUCUCAUCACAUUUUUGCUCCCAAGCACUCUGUGCAAACUUCCGCCCAUCACUAUUUCUCAAUCUCCCCUUCCUCUUUGCUUCCCACUUUCUUCCUCCCACUCUUUCUUAUGCACUACUUUGCUCUUCCCUUUUCCUCUCCUCCUCUUCUUUACUUGCCACUUUUUUCCUCCUACUUUUCUUUGCUUCCCACUUUCUUCGUCUCUUCUUUGCUCUCCAUGUUCUACCUCUUGCACUUCUUUGCUCUCCCAUUUUCCCUCUCGCUCUUCUUUGCUUCCCACUUUUUUCCUCUCACUUUUCUUUGCUCCUCGCUCUUCUUUACUCCCCACUUUCUUCCUGUCGCUCUUCUUUGCUCCCCACUUUCUUUCUAUCGCUCUUCUUUGCUCCCCACUUUCUUGCUCUCGCUCUUCUUUGCUCCCCACUUUCUCCCUUUCAAUCUCUUAGCCCUCAUGUUCUUCUCCCCCUUUGUUCCUUUCAACUAUCGUCCUCUAUUACUGUCAUUUUCUUCUUUUUACCUAUCUUUGUCCCUGCUUACAAUUCUCUUCCUCCCACCACGUUUUUGUUCCUCUCCCUCAGUUUCCUACUCUCUUCCUUCCAUCCCAUUGUUACUAUUCUACUCUUCCCGUUACUCCAAUCAUGCUCUCUCCCUUUAUUUUCCAUUAUAGCGUCUAUCUUCUACAAAUUCCAUGGAACCACAUUGUUUGUUCAUUAG